GAUGCUGCAUCGUCUGGUCUGGGGUUUGAACCAUUCGUUGUCGUCGUUAUCGAAUGAGUGUUGACAUCGCUGUGUGAGUCAGCCGUGGACAAACAGAUUCCACCAUCCUCCUCUCUCCACCCCUUUCUCUGGUUGGGUCAAUAUUGCACAGAAGGAAUAAUUUCCAAACCCACAUUCGCCAGGGUUUGUGUGUGCCGAUUAUUGACCCAAGUGACGAACGUGUGGAUGUCUGUAAGACCAGGCUUAUUGCCGAAAACAAGCCAACAACAAUUUUGAUUGGAAAUUGGAUAUCUUAUUUCCUGAUUCCUAAAUCGUUAAUCGUCGAAGAAAAACUAUCAUGUGGACUCUGUUUUUUUUACCAACAACAUGUGAGAUUCUCUUGGAUAUUUUUUGUUCAAAUUCCCAAAACGUGGUUUGUGGUGUAGUGUGAGAAGGGUUUUGUGUUUAGUGAUUGAAACACUGGAGCGAACCAUCGAAAACUGAACCAAAAACAUCGGACUAUCAACACCAAUGAUUGUGUUGAAAUGUAACAGAAGGAUCGAAUCGAGAUCAACCCCCCGUAAAGGUCUGACUCAAUGGAGGAGCCAAAACAUCAACUCUUGUUUAUCUACUGCGUAAUAGUUCAGAUCGAAGUGUCGAUGCUUUGUUGUUGGUGAUCUCGUACCUUCUCACUUCCACGUGACAUGUGCUGUUGCGUGCGUGACUAGACCAUACUCCUGUCACAAUGUCUGUCACAGAGCUACUCAGCAAGGAACGAGGGAUAGAACUGUUAUUUUGUCUAUGAAGCAUCAACAUGUUACGUUCACGUCACUCAACGUUAUGUCACGUAUGGCUAAGCCAGAUGGAGGGACAGAGGGACCCAGACUCACCCCUGGCGGGUCGACAUUCGAUCCAAGACUUUACCAGAUAGCCACUUGUUCUCUUUCAGCGAUUUCCAUGAAUUCCCAGACUUCAAAUAACUGUACCACACGAACUAGGCGAGGAAACGGAAGGGAAAAGCUUAUUCCACCUUUGUGGAUAAUAAAACACUUGUCAGGGAGACUGUAAGAGGCUCACCUUCCACAGUAGACUGCCUGGAGUGGAACCUAUGUUGUAGACCCAAAUGAGCGUGUUUAUAGUUAUCCUUGUGAAAAUGUGUUUAAAAUAGAACAACUUCUCGAGAAGGUUCAAAGGUUCUCGACGUCCUCGCUACCUGCACGAAGCAAAUGAAAAUGGCAAUAGUCCCUCUGCGCCGAGGCCAUGGGCUGGCAUCAAGUAUGGAGGUUCUGGCGGCCCAAACUCUGAAGAUAGCCAGCAUCAAUGGCCUGGGAGACACAGAAAAGAUUGAAACGGAGCUUGAAGACGAGAUCCGAUGGGAAGAAAGCCGUAGUCCUCCUAAAGAAAUUAUUGGCAGACUCCAGCGUAAGUGCGAGGAAGUGGUUCACAGCAAGCAGGUGCUGCUCUUGGUCAUCAUCCUCAACGUGCUGGACUGUCUGCUGAUCAUGAGUGAGAUGACCCUGGAGUUCUACCACGUCAGCUCUCUUUAUUUUGAUCGCCAAGAAACUGAGGACGAAUUUCUCAAAAAGAUGAAGGAGCAGUACCCGGUUGCUCUGCAAGAUACAAAAAUCACAGCCGUGAAUGUGCUCAAUCGGAUUGUGGCAGGCUUUGUCCUGUGGAUAUCCUCGUCUCAUUCGAUCGCCUACUUCAGGAACGACUGUGCAAAUUUUCUCAACGCCACUUCAGCCUUCAGUUUCAACUUAAGCAGCGAAGCCAACUCCACAACCGACAGACCGGAGGAGCUGGGUGUUUCUCUACUCGAUCAGGUUCUCAACGGGACGCGAAACUCAAACUUCUACGACAACAGCUCUCUCAUCAAAGAAUUGUCAACAUUUAACGAUGCGGUCAAGAUCAUUCACAGUCUUCAUUAUGGAAGUAUUUCCAUUCUCUCUGUGCUCGUUGCCGAGACCUUGGUGAAAAUAUUGUGUACUGGUCGACGCUUCUUCAAAAAGAAAAUGGAGGUGUUCGAUGCUGUAAUUAUCCUAAUUUCCUUCACCCUUGAUUUGAUCUUCGUGGAGGGACUGACAAACUUUGAAGUGCCAAACUUCAUCAUCAUUCUAUCCCUCCUGUUGCCUUGGAGGAUUUUGCGAGUUCUCAACAGUCUUAUCGUCGCUGUUAUGGAUCAGCAAAGGUUUCACAUGAAAGCUGCUCUACAAACAGAAACGAAAGGUCACCAAGCAACUUUCUGAGGCCACAGAAAAAAUAAAAGUUUUAGAGAAACAAGUGGAUGCCUUGAAAGACUUGUGUCUCAACAAAGGUGUUCAAGAGUGGGAGCUAAAUAAAAUCACUGGGCAGGCCAAUGGUCAAGGGGAAUGAAGGCGCUCAGCAAACUCAUCUUCCAGGCUGCGGAUGCAUUCGCGCCCAUGUCCAGCCCGCAGCUGAACGGCGGCCGAUCCUUCUUGAAGGACGACACGUCCAGUGCCCGCUCGCUGGACAGUCAACAGUGCGAAGACCACGUGACCAAUGGCGACGUUGUGCAUCGCUGGGGUCAGGGAGAUGAGCGGCGUGCUGCAGCUGGAGGCAGUGCCGAUCCCGAGGCCCCGAACCCGACCUUGUGGUUGACAGACUCGUCCGGUAACUUGGACAUGAACAUCAACGAUGAAGACUUCAUUUCCAGACUGUGAACUCAGCCUUGUUCUUCCUACCAGACUGGUUGCGGGUGCGCAAGCCACACCCUGGCACAAAGGAUGCAUUGCGUGGACUUUGUUUCCCCCACCUCCUCCAUCUUUAUUUGGACGGGGAGAUUACUGUGCUCACUAGGAUGACGUGCUAAAAAUAAAAAAAUCCCUUCCUAGUCAUCGUAAGAAUUUUUUUUUAGACACCAAGUCAACACCAAGAGCACUUGGACCUUGACCCCGUGUUCUGCUGGAGUCAGAUCAAAGUCGACCGACACAAAAGUGUUUAAUCAGGUGCCAGCCUAGAACACGAGGACUUGAGCUGGAAAAUUCCCACAAGCUCAUAGGCGUGUGUAGAUAUGUGCACACAUGGAUGUCUAAGCGUACAAACUGGUGAUGUCUGUGUGAGCCUGUACAAGGUAUAAGAGUGCUUAGUAAACUGCGUGUGUGUGUGUGUGAGUGAUAGAGAGCAAAUACAAAGAAAGAGAAGAGAAAACUACGCCAAAAAAAAA